AUGAACACAAACUUGCCGCUGCCUGUCAGCAGCGACAAAGUCGACAGACUCUGCGAGAGUCUGCGAAACAAACUAGAAAAUGCAGAUCCAUACACGCGGGUUACAAACCGCGAUAUUGAAAUGUAUGAGCGGAACUUUGCGGAGCGUGUGCCCAGGAACAUGGACGGCCGCGUCGACUAUCUUGACGACGGGCAGGCAACCCUGGGGUGUCGGCGAGAGGUGAUGAAGGAGAUUCACCAAAUUAUCCAACGCGACAAGGAUCUUCAAAAGAUGGUGUGUAACGAUCUUUUUAAGAAGACACUCGCAUCUGCGAGAUGCUGGGCGGUAUUAUUGACCAUGGAAUGGACAAACCUUGUCGAAUUCCGCGAUAGUUUGUGCGCUGGUGAUGCAAAACAGAAGCAGAGAAGUCUCCAUGGUUUCCUGAUGGCUUGCUGCAACGUGGGCGGACUGAUAUGGUGGAUGAGCGAGACACCUACAUCAACAAAGGAGCAGAUUUGGUUGCGCAGUGGAGCACAAAGGGAAGCGGCCCCAAGACGAGACGGUUUCCGGUGCGUUCUGACGCACUCGGCGAUCAUAGAGGAGUGUCAUAUGUGCCCGUUCUGGUCACUUUCGCGGCGGACGGAGAUACAGCGUACCGUCAUUGCGCCUCUCAUGGACAUUUUGGGCCUUGAAUUUUCUAACAGAAUCUUGGGCAUACUGGAACAAACGACCCCAGCAGGCGAAAGGACUGCGCCUGGUGAUUUCGACCUCCUUGACUCACCGGCAAACAUGAUUACUCUGAGUAAUCAGCUUCACAAGUUGUGGGACGAUGGGGUGUUUGGCCUCGAGCCUAUUCGCCGCCUACAACAAUACAAGACCGUUGAGAAGCCAGAUUCUCAGGAGAAACCUGGAAGUGGGCCGUCUGCUGUGAAAAGAGGUGCGGAAGCAUCCGAACACCAGCCGCCGCACAAGAAAGCGGCAGGCAAACAGACUAAGUCUGUCGACCAAGAGAAGCUCAUGUACGGAAUCGAGCUUCGAUUCCAUUGGCUCAGGAAGACCACGUUGGGAGGGCUUGAUGACAGCCCUCCUACGGUUGAUGCAGAUCCACGAGAGCUUUGGAAAGAAUGGGACGCGGACAACGUCCGCGACAACGCACAUGCGACGCCACUGGAUAACGGGCAUACGGUUACCAUCUGGUCGGAUGACCGCAGAAAAAUCCCCAACUGGGACCUCGUAUCUAUUCAGUGGCUUGCCUUCAGACUGCAUCGAUUGUCUGGAGCCGCCAACGUCGACCUUUACGCUCCUCAGAAGGACCAAGACGAUGACGAGGCCCUGGCUGCCCGAGUCCUCCAGGCAAAGCGCGAUGCAACAGAGAUGGUUGCAGAGAGGUUGGGAUUGAAUGCCGAUGAGCUUUGGGCCGAUCCCCGGGGCCCCUACUACGUGCCACCUGAGAAUCAGGGAUUGGACGACGACUAG